AUAAAUAGAAGAUCCCCAAGUCUCCCUCCCCCUGUCUCUCUCUUCGAAGUUCGUCCUCUCGGACUCUCCGUGAAGUAUAAUGCACACCCCUCACUGCCUUCCGAACUUGAACCACUCAUCAGAAAAGCUUCAUGGAACCCAGCAAGAUAUCUUCUUGUCCCGUCUGUUUCUUCUUCGUCACUUUGAUCCUUCUCUUAUCCCAUGGCUCGGCAGGCCAUGAAGGGCCAAGCACGCGUACCACCAUUCUUUUCGGUACUUUGGACCGAUCAAGCUACUACUUCGACCUCUACACCCUUCCGAUACUGGGAUCCCAAGUCAACCGCCGAAACGAUGAGCUCAAGAUCACCGAUGGCCACUCCCUCAACUACAACGGUCACUUCCCCUCCCAAUCAUCAUCCUCCACGUUGCUCUCUCUCCUUCCUUUCCAACCCCUCGCCACGGCUGCAGCCGAGCCACCUGUCCAGCUGAUCUACGUCUCCGAGAGAAAUGGGUCUUCAACCAUAUACUUCGACGCUCUGUAUUCCGGCGUUUCCGAUCGUUCCAGAAGAAGGUCAACGCUGGAAGUUUCGAACCGGGUUCAGGUCCCUUUGGUGGGCGUUCAACAAUCCAAGGGUCUAAUUGGGAUGAAGGACAGGCCCAGUGUGGUGGGCGAUUACUUGGUCUACGUUUCCACUCACCAGAACUCGGGCGUGCCCAGGAAGAGUUGGGCUGCUGUGUACUCCACUCACCUGAAAAACGGGUCAACUCGGAGAUUGACGCCUCGUGGGGAGGCCGAUUUCAGCCCCACCGUGUCGCCGUCGGGGGUCUGGACGGCGGUGGCUUCGGCUGGGGAGGGAUGGAGUGGUGAAGAGAAAGAGCUUUAUACUGAUAUCUAUGUCUUCAGGACUGAGGAUGGGUCUGAUCGAGUCAAGGUUGUGGAGCAUGGUGGGUGGCCGAGUUGGGCUGAUGAGUCGACUCUGUACUUUCACCGGAAGAGCGGAGAUGGGUGGUGGAGUAUCUACAAAGCGAGUCUUCCUAAGAGUGGAUCACUCAGUGUGGACUCAGUGCUGACUCAGCGAGUCACCCCACCGGGUCUCCACACUUUCACUCCAGCUGCUUCAGUGGCCAACAAGAGCUUCAUUGCAGUGGCAACCAGGCGACCCGAUUCGAAAUAUCGGCACAUAGAACUCUUCAACGUCGUUUACAAAGAGUUCGUGGAGGUCACUCGCUCCAUUUCUCCCAGGGCCCAUCACUAUAACCCAUUUAUCUCGCCCGAUUCUACUCGGGUUGGGUACCAUAGAUGCAGAGCCCGAGACAAUGGAAGAAAAGGCGACCACUUGUUGCUGGAAAGCAUCCAAUCGCCAGUCCCCGGAGUUUCUCUAUUUCGCGCCGGCGGUUAUUUUCCUUCUCUGUCGCCCGAUGGUGACCGAAUUGCUUACGCGCUGUGGCCGCCUAACGAGGGUCUUUACGUAAUAAAUCGAGACGGGUCGGGUCUCCGAAAGCUUUUCGCCGGGCACGGCGAGUCGAAUUUGGCCUUUGGAGUUGUUUGGGAUCCAAAACGAAAGGGGGUUUUAUACUCCAGCAUUGGUCCCAUCUUCGGUGCAACCGGUGACGAAGUUGAUGUUGUCUCCGUCAACAUUGACGACGACGAAUCGGGCUUCAAAAAAUUGACCACCGGCGGAGAAAACAAUGCGUUUCCGGCUCCUUCACCCGAUGGGAAAUGGGUUGUCUUCCGAUCGGGUCGAUCGGGUCAUAUGAACUUGUACGUAAUGGACGCUCUUGAUGGAGAGAGAGGCAGGCUGUUCAGGCUCACGGACGGUCCAUGGACCGACACAAUGCCCAGUUGGUCGCCUGAUGGAAACUGGAUCGUCUUCUCAUCGGACCGGGACAAUCCGGGUUCGGCUAGCUUCGCCUUAUAUAUGAUCCACCCGAACGGGACCGGGCUCACAAAGCUGUUACAAAGUGGGUCGGAUGGUCGGGUCAACCACGGGUGGUUCAGCCCGGACAUGAGUCACAUAGUUUUCACGACGGACAUCGCCGGAGUGUCGUCGGAACCGAUCUCCAACCCACAUCAUUAUAAACCAUACGGUGAAAUCUUCAUGAUGAAACUGGACGGCACCGGAAUGACUAGGCUGAGUCAUAACUCGUACGAGGACGGAACGCCGUCUUGGUCCUCCAUACAGUUGAGUCCCGCCGACGUUAAUCACCCGACGGAAGCGCAGUGCACGUUCACGGACUGUAUCUGGCUCAAUGAAUCGCCAACCCGUCGAGUUGACUCAGUGCACUCGCCCUCAACUCGGGCCCAGUGCUGAGUUGGGAUAAAUAAUGAUUUUCUCGGGGCUAGUUGGAGUUUACUGCUGGCUACUUUUUUAUUUUAAUUUGUAUUUAUUUUCAUUUUCUGUUAGAAGAUUAGAAAUUAAACACUGCCUUUAUAUAAUAAUGUUGUGGUAUUUUUAAGCUCUACUAAUAAAAACUAACUUUAAAAUA